AUGUCCGGCCGAGGUGGAGCUGGACCCCCAAGAGCCGGUGCCCCGCAGCCCCUGAAGGCGACGGUUCCCUUCAGGCUGGCCAGCAAACCCCGACCGAACCGGAGGGAUGGGAAGUCAGCCGGAAAGGACAAAUUGCAGCAGCUGAGCUCCGGCAUGAGGCGGACGAUGUCCCUGGACGCCAUCAUCGGGCCGUACCUGCAGGGCCACUGGCCGAAGGAAGCGCAGGCCCAGUGCAGUGUGUCUCGUAAGGACAAAUCCACCCAGACCCCCGACUCAUGGGUGGAUGAAUCCCACGUCAGGAAAGUUAGCAGCAGCCACAAACGCUCAGCAUCAUGGGGCAGCGCUGAGCAUCUGCGAGAGAUUGCAAAACUCAAACAACAACUGCAGCAGUGCAGCAAACCCGCUGUCUCUGGGGGGCACGAUAAGGACCGUCAGUGUUGUUAUCCUCAUGGGAGCUGUAGCCUUGGAGCUACUCAGACUGAGCCAAUUCCCAUCCCCCCCUCUCCCCUGUCUACACUGUUCCCUCGACUGCGCUGCAGCGUGGAGGGCCUCAACCAGGAGCUGGAAGGCAUGUUCAUCAGCCAGUCCCCCCUCCCACAGCACAGGCUCCUUGAGGUCCCAGACGGUCACCGUGCUCCGGUUCCUCUGCACGACUGUAGCAGAGGUUCACAGAACGACCGCACCACCACACCCCUCUCCUCAUCCUCUACCUCCUCCUCACCCUGCUCCUCCCCCCAACUACAAGACCCCCACUCGUCGUAUACUCCUCUAGACUCUCACCAAGACCGCAGAGAGAUGUGCCUCUUGUCUCCGUUGUCCUCCCAGAAUGAGGCUGACCUUCCACCACUGAUCUCCUCGUCUCCAGGCCUCAACAAAAGCUGCUGCUUCCAGAGAGAGCCUCCAGAGGGCUGUGAGAAGGUCCGAGUCUGGGAGGAGGUCAGUGCUCCACGCCAAGAAAAGCAAGCCGUCGUCUCCUCCUGCCCAGACCCCAACAAGGUAAACUUCACCCCCCACGGGGGCUCGGCCUUUUGCCCCGUCAGCCUCCUCAAGCCCCUGCUUCCUUCCAUGGACCUGCUGUUCCGCAGCCUCACGGGCUCUCCGGCAGGAAACUACUCAAACCAGGGAACAAGCUCCUGCCAGACGGCCUCCUCUGGUAACCGGGCUCCUUCUCCUAAUCCUGCAACAGCCCCCACUGUGAUGGGGGACGGCUCAGGAGGGGGUCUCGCUUUCUGAUUGUGGCUGCGGACCCUUUUUUUUUCUGUGGAAGUAAUGCAAAUGUUUAACUGGACCAGAAAGGUGUGUUGAAAGUCAUUACGAAUGUUGUUUUCUUCCUUAUACAAGUUCAAAAUGGCCUACAGGUUAAAAAAGGAAGAGUUAA